GCCGUCCGCGUCGACGUCCGGCCGCUGCUCGUCGUCGGCCUCGAUCGCGGCGUUGUCCACCGGCUCGAGGUCGGCGCACGUCAGCGCGAGGCCGAAGACCGCGGCGCGGCCGCGGUCCCGGCCGCGCCGCGGCGGCGCGUGCAUCCGGUCGACGACGACGCGCGCGCCGUGGAGCCGGAGGAGCGUGCCGACCGUGCUCUCGAGCGGCUGGCCCGCGUCCACGGUCGGCGGCACGAGCACGCGGCAGGUGUGGCGGCCGUCGCUGAUCUGGAGCUCGCCGCCCCGGUUCUCGGCGUCGGCGUCGCGCGCGGCGACGACGCGCACGGUCUCGUAGCCCGGGCGCUCGCUCGUCGGCUGCGGCCGGCGCGCGACGUUCUCGAAGUGCGCGCAGAGCCAUGCAGGCGACGCGCGCGGCGGCGCGGGCGGCUGGGCCGGCGGCUGCGUGUUGUCUUGGGUGUCCGCCUGGGUCUCCGGCUCGCGCGGCCGGCCUCUUGUUGGGGGGCGGCGGCGGCCGCCGCCCGCGCGGCCCUUUUGGCGCGGCAUAUGGCUUGUACGGCUUUGUACGCCCUCAAUUUCUGCCGGGCCGGGUAGCGCGAGCAAGCAGGAGUCGGGAGAGAUACUUGUACGCUGUAAUUCGUGCUGGUUCGGCUCAGCGCGACCAGGCGCGCGCGGCCAACGUUUUUGCCGUUUCUAGUGUGUCGAUACG